UUUUGUUGUUGAUGCCGGCUGCUCACACUGUCGAACUUGACUGUCGUUUUGAGGUCGCUAGCCUACACGUGUUCGGUGUACACUGAGGCUUGGGGACAAUUUUAACAACGUUUGGUCUAUUUUGGGACUACGUUGUUCCCUCCGACGUUUACGGCGUGUAGUUUAAUUUCCAGAAGGCGUGUCAUAACGAUCGGUCGAGGAGAAAUGUGUUUAUUUGUGCAAGCUAACAGCGGAGGGCUGGGGAGCUAACGUUAGCUGAGCCGGAGAACAACAUGUUCAGACUUGUUCCCAGAAACACUGAGGGUGAGGGAACGACAACACACGCACAAUUGGUAAAGCCGACAGCCUUUUUAAUUCGUCGAUAACGAACAAAAUGGACUACGAGUUCCCACAGCAGCUUUUUCCCUCGUUUUACAACUGCGGACCGCCGGACUCCGUCCUCAAACACUGCGCUGGAAACUGGGGCUGCUACGACCGAGUCCGACCUCUGGGCGGCUCUGGUCCUCCCUCCAGCUGGACCUUUACAUCCAGACAUCAGGUUAGAGGGGAGACAUGGCGUCACACUGAGCCCAUACCAGUUCCCCUCCUGUCUCCUAAAAACUCUUACCUUUGGCCUUCAGAGCCUCCAGAUCCACUGGACUUCACAGAACAUAUGCAGAACUUCUUCAUGGAUCACUGCCAGGACGCCUUUGGGUGCAUGGGUGAAAUUCUGGGUGAAAACUUCAACUUUAAACAAGGAGUGAGAGAGAGAUAUCGGAAGGAUUCAGCCAGCAUGUGGAAGGUGAAAAACUUCCUUGAUAUGCUGAAGUUUAAAAUAUGUCAGCAGUCGUAUUCUUCCAGAUCGCUGAACGCAUACAGUGUCCUGCUGUCAGAUGUGGUUCAUUCUGUCCCUCCUGAGCUGUUGGGUGCUCUGCUGUACGAGGAGCUGACAGAGCAGAGAGACCGUCUGCUCUUCUCUGAAGGAGCCACAGGUGGCGCUCUGGCCUUCAUCCCCUUCUCACAGAGCAGCAGCGGCUCUCAGCAUGGCUGCCUCCUCUAUCCUGGAAACCAGGGACUGGACCGUCUCAACUUCCACAGAGUGGAGCUGCAGCACCACAGAGGAAGUUCCUCCAUUCUCACCACCAGCAGCGACCCAAUCAGCUUCCAGCUGAAAGGUCCCAUCAGACAGAUCAGCUCUGUCUCCCUGUUCGACAACUGUUGUGUUGCUGUGCGGUCGGAUCACCUGUGUGGAGUUUGGAGGUUCAGUGAAAGAAACGAACCUCGUCUGCUGCAGGUGGUCAACACCAGAGAGGUCGCAACGUGCAUCAGUGUCAGUCCUCAUAUACUAGGUGAAGUUCUGGUGGCAAGUGAGAGUGGAGCAGCGAACCUGUGGACUGUUGGCAAAGGGAUGCAGAAGGUACGGGAGGAGGACAGCAACCUGUACUUCAACGCCAAGUCAUCGUGGCGAUGGUGCGAAUUCUCUGCCCACCCGAGGGUGAUGCUGUACGCAGACAGGACGGGGGUGGAGCUCACGGACAUCAGGGCGAGUCCUACGUGCAGCCACACUCUGUUUCGUAUCAGCAACAGCUCAGAGUGUCGGAGUGGAGAGAGACUCAUCCUGUCCAAAUAUCUUGGAGACGUCCACUCCUUCCACCACCUCAUCACCACUCAGUUCUCAGCCUACAUUAUGGACGAGCGUUUCCCCUCCAUGCCCAUGCUCAAGUGGGAUCACAUGAUGCACUCCCCGCCCAUGUUUUGUCAUGUCCUUCUUGGCUCCGCCUCCUCAGGCUCAACAGUGGGUGGUGCUAGAACCAAUAAGGUCCUGUUGGGCUCCCAAAGUUCUCAGGAAAUCACCCUGCUGCAGUACUCAGGAGGAAGGGCAGAGGCCUGUUUUAGUCGAGGUCCUGCUCAGGCUCUGCUCAGACCCAAAGAUAGUCUGAAACACCUUCCUGUCCAGAUUCCUCACCGGCUGGACACCGCGACCAACAGACUGUCCUCACCUGCUGCAGGUAUGACUUGUGUUCAGAAGAAAGGAGGAAAAGAAGCAGGUGGAGAGGAGUGUAUCUGCAUCCUACAGCUGACAGAGGCAGGAGAUAUUUUCUACCAGAUCCUUGAGCCGGACCAGCCAGACGCCAACACUUCUCGACCUCCAGCAGCAGAGGAUGAACCACUGCCACAACAAGCAGCCACAAAACUGACACAACCAACACUGAAAGAAGUCACAACAUCGGGGAGAAAAACAGCAGAAAAGUUUUCACUAAAUUCUCAGCUGAUUAUAGCAGAUACGUCGAGCGAUGAGGACAUAAUUGGGCCAACUCAGGGUCUGGCUGUGCCAAGGUUUGUUUCUGAAACACCAGAGAAGGAACAGCAAGGGGUGAUCAUGUACUCUGACUCUGAGGAUUCAGAGUCAGGAGGGAAAAGUCAAAAGCUGAAGCAUUUGGGGCUGCAGGUCAUUGUCAACGAUGAUCCAGAGCUGGAUCACGCUAAUGGAUUGGACUCAGGAGUGAAAGAUGGAAAGUUUGGUGGAGAUAAAGCUGAUGAUACUGAGGAAGCCCGCGGUGUGGAGGAAACAGUCGGCAGCUCCAAUAGCUUGAGUCGCCUUGGUCCCUGUGAGCAGCAGACUCAAGUAAAGCUGAGCAAAGGUGCUCUCAUCACCUGGAAACAUUGGCUCCAGAAACUGAUACAAAAAAGUCGUAAAAAGAAGCCCCACCCACGCUCUCUACAGCACUUCACAAUCAAAACUAAAGGCUUUCUCCACCUGGCUAAUGACGAAGCAAGAGAUUCGACGGAAGAGGAGCGUGUGCAGAGCCUGAGGCGAGAUCUGAGAGCGAGCAUGUACAAACGCUCGCUGCUGGUUCACAGCACUGUCUCCAACUCCCUCAGGGCUCCAGAUGUAGUCUUGAUGCCAAACCUGGUGGACACAGAGGUCUGGAGAGAUCAGCUCAGCCGUCGCCUCACCCUCUCCUGGCAGGGGGAGGAAGCGUGGCGGGCGUGGUGGGAGGACCACCUGGGGCUGAACAGGGAGGAGAAGGUGAAGGCUCUGAAGAGGAAGAGGAGGAGGGAGAAGGACGCAAAGAGAGCUGCCGGCCGAUGCCUGGAGCUGUCCGGCAGCUUCACCUCAUCUGUCAGCUACCAGUCGGAUCUGGACAAUUUCUCUGAUUCAACGGGCUGGUCCUCGGCAGCGAGCCAGAGGAUGUGGUCUGACACCGAAGGGACGGGGCCGUUAUCUCAGUUGGAGGGCUUUUCAGAGCAUGGGACACCAAGAGCCACAACACCCUCCAAAGUCCAAAAUGACACCCCAGUUCCCACGCCAAGCGUCACACCUCGAAGUGUUAAAGAUAAACAAGGUGACCACCAGACUCCCAGGAGCUCCAACACCCCUUCUCUGUCCCAGACCACAGCAGCCAGUCAGAGGAGGAUCACACGUCCAGCAGAGGACUACCUCAGCUCUCUGUUUGCACCACAGGAUGAGCCCUCGCAACAUAACAUCAACUUCCUGGAAGAGGGAAGCACCAUACAACCUCCACCUGGGUCCUCCUCCUCUCAGCUCCGCAGCUCACAGUCUGUCCCUCAGAGGAUCCUCAGGGUGGAUCUGUCCCAGGACUCCUCCAUCCGGUGGGGUUUCUCCCAGUCUCUGUCCCUCUCCCAGAGUUCACAGGGUCGACUGGGGCUGUCGCAAGCAUCGCAAGCAUCGCAGGCAUCUCAACCCAAGAAGAAGAAGUCUAGAAUGGGAUUUUGAUUCAUUGGUUGGUCUGACUGUCACUCAGAAGGGGAGUGGAUCGUUUGGAAUUCCUGUUACAUUCGGAAUAAAAAAAAACGGGGGGCUGGACCACCCCAGCUUCAAAUAACGAGAAUGUCUUUCGGAUUUUUGGCCUCGUCUUGGAUGUAUAGUGGUAUUAUUCACUGGUAUUGUAAUUACAAAAAAUGAACAUACAAACUGGAUCUAAUCAAGGAGGAUAGAGUCACUGAACACCGGAAAAGGAUUUAUCACAGUCUCAGUGGUCCCUGAAGAAGUCCUCAGGCUGAAGAAGACUGACUGGAGACUGGUUUGGUAGGACUGAGUGGAAUUUCUUAUCUUUGUUUUGUGGUCAUUGCUUUUGUUUGCUGAGGUGGUGUGUGUGUGUCUGUGUGUGUGUGUGUGUGUGUGUGUGUGUGUGUGUGUGUGUGUGUGUCUGUGUGUCUGUGUGUGUGUCUGUGUGUGAUGUAAUGUAAUGUAAGGGAACGUCAAAUGGUCCGAGCAGCCACUGUGGCUAAUAGAUUCAUUUUUGGUUUCAGAAUGCGUUCACACGGCAGGUGACUGAGCUUAUGUUUCACUCUGUUGUGACUAGUUUUUGUUUUACUGGUUCAGCAAUAAUUCCAUUACACUUUCUGGAAAUGAGUUAACUUGGCUGAGUAAUUCCAGGUGUGCAGGAAAACAUCAGUGAACAUCAAAUCAACUGGAGUUCUGCACAGACUCCAAUGAAGGAUGAAGCUCUUCUCCAGGUGUUUCUGAACUGACCUGAGAUAAACGCUGGAAAGAGCUGAGCCUUGAAAUCUUAUAAGUAGUAACAGUAAAAAUGAUAAAAAUAUUAAAUGAUUAGAAAAAACAAGCUGCAUAACAGCAUUAAGUCGUUUCUCUUGAAGUUGGCAGCAUCUCUGCUAAUGAUCUGGUGUGAUUGGCUGGUAUACCAGGGAUGUUAGAGAUCAGUCUGGUGUCCAAAACAAAAUCUAAUCGGCUUAAAAGGGAACCUGUGGGAAAAUAGUUUUUAUUUUAAAGUACUAAAAUAAGACAUUUUAGGAAUUUCUACAUCCUUCCAUCUGGUAUUUGGUAAGAAUUCUGACUGUGUUUUUCUAUUUGGUGAAAAGCUGUCUGACUGAAAUAUUUAGUUAUUACUCAAAGUCUGGGUAUUGUUGCACCUUUGUCCUUAGCUGUACUGUCUCUCAGACGCCACUCAGUUGUUUUUUACUUCACCUCAGUCGCUGUGGUAAAUUAUCUUCAUGAAACCUUUUAUAUAUUUGCUUGCUCUAAAGAAAACUGAACCAAUUUUCUCAAUAAAACCAUUGCUCCAAGACUUGGGUUCUCAUUGGGGGGAAAAAAAAAUAUUCAAAUUUAAAAAAUUAAAGCCAGAAUUUUGACAAAAAGUACUUUUUCUUUCUACUUUUAGAAGUCUCACAGUUUGCCCCGUGUUUCUCCAUAGUACAAUGGGGUAUUAAGGCCACUUUCAAAAAGAAUCAUAGAUGUAGAGAAUAAGGUCGAUUAUAUUUUGAGAAAAAGUCAUAAUAUGAGAAUCAAGUUGCAACUUUUAUGAGAAGUUCCAGAAUAGUUAGAGCUUGGAGCUAGUAUUUCCAGAAUAAGGGGUAAUUUUUCAAAGUUGUAGCAUUUUGAGGUCAAUCCAUACUUUUACAAGAAGUUAUAUUUGAGAAUUAAUCUAAAACAUUGAGAUAUUUAUCUUAAUACAUCGUUAUAAGCAGGUGACAGCAGUCUGUCAGCUUUCAUGUCAAAUUGGAGUUUGGAUGAUCUUAAGUUAGGUUUCAACAAUAAACAGUAUGGGAUACUGAAAUCAAAUUACACCGAAUACAUUGUGUUUGAGUCUGUGAGUGUCGACUUCAAGACUUCUUACUUCAUUUCUUUUCCAAAAUUCUGCCUUUACUUUACGGAAGUCUCAAGUUGUUUUUUGUUUUUUUUACUUCUUCUAUCAGUGGCUCUUAAACUCCUCACUAAAACAGAUACCUGCAGUAGGGUCUCAUUUCUGCUGCUGAGUGCAACAUCAAUCUACGUAAUCCAAUUAUGUUCACUUGACAUAUCCUGCAUCAUCUGGUUCAUUCACAGUUCAGUUUCAGAUUGAUUUUGAAAGUGAAUCCUUGCAGCCAGUUUUCAGACAUGAU